UUAAAAAAUUUACCAAGGCGUUUGUUGCCAGUGGAGAUCUCAGAAUAAGAAUUUAUUUUAUAAUCUUUUUUUGGAAAAUAAAAUACAAGAUAUUAGAAAUUUGCAAAAUGUUUGGUACUUUUCGGUGCAGGAUUCCGGUGGAUGCCGAUCGCAAUGUGGACAAAGUCAACAAUCUUUUUAUAGAGACUGUGAUGGAGCAGGAACGUCGUGUAAAGGAUUUAAGAGCACAGGAAGUACAAAUGACGGCUGAAAAUCCGCGCAUACGGGCCCAACAAGAAACUACAGAUAUUUCAAUAGAACUAAAAGCACAAAAGGUUCAAGAUUUUUUAGAUAAGAAGAAGCGUCAGCAGCUUCGACAGAAUAAUUCGGAGUUACGCCAGUUGGAGAAGCAACUAAAAGCGGCAUUUAUAUCAAAACAACUUGCAGAACAAAGGAUAGCAACGGAGAAGCUCAAGGAGGAGCAAAUGAAACUAAAGCGCUUAGAAAAUAUUGAAUUUGAAAAAGAACGACUUCGUUGCAAAGAAGAUCUCAUAGAAUCUGAAAGAAAUGAAUUGAAAAAGAAGGAAGAAAUUCGUAACAUUCUUUUGGGUCAAAUGGCUGAAACGCAGCAAAGACGAAAAGAUGAAUAUACUGAAGUGCUAAAGGAAAAGGAUGAGAUGCAAAGAUUAUUGCAGAAAUACAAGGCCGAGCACGAUACAGAAUUAUUAGAAUUGGAGCGAAGGAAACAAAAUGCCAAAGAGGAAAUGGAGGAGUUUAAACGUAAACAAGAGGAAUGGAAAUUAGCACAAGUUUCAGAAAAAGUUGACGAAGCCGAACGUUUCCAAGAGAUGAUAAAGGAACGCGAGGAGAAGAAUUUACAAACUAAAUUGGAGAGACAGAUGCAGCUACAAAAGAGGGCUGAAUUGAGUGAUCGUAUUGGACAGCAUUUGUUCGAAGUCGAAAAUGAGAAAAGAAAACGCGAAAACUUAUUGCUUGAUUUGUUGGUGGAGGAGCGUAACACAAAUGAGGAUAUAAGAUAUAAACAAAACCUUGAAAAGCAAUAUAAUGACCGAAUACAAAUGCGUGUGGAAUUUGAACGUUAUCGUAGUGACCAAGAACGUCGCAAACUUGAGCGGGAGAAAAAUGAAGAUGCUAUCUUCCUUGCUGAGAUGCGAAAACAAUUGGCAGAUCGUGAUAAGUUGGAUCAACUAGCGGAUGAAAAGCGUCGCCUAAAGAUAAAAGAACAUGGUCGUGCCAUUCAGGAAAUGAUUGAGUUGCGCCGACAAAAACGAGCUACUGAUGCUGCAGAAGAUAUUAAAUGGCAUGAAUACUUGAUCAACGAAGAACGAAAACGAAUGGAAAUGGUUGAAAAUGAGCGCCUACAAAUGCUGAAAAAUGCUCCGGCCGAUGUUUUGCGCUAUCUGCCUUCGGGUGUGCUAAAGGAUACAGAUCGAAAAGUGCUUGGUAUUUCUAGUCAAAAAUAGAUAUAGUUUUUGUCAACUUCUAUAAUGGUAUUCUGUUGUGAUUUUAAACGUAAAUUCAUGUUUCCUCGUCCCGUAUAAAAAAAAGUUUACUGGCAUAUUUGAUAUUUUGGCGAUUUUCCCUAUGAUAUUUAGUCAAGGCGAAACGAUUAAAGGUGGUGUUGGUAAAUCA